UCCCACUUCUUUCAUUCCAGACCGAGCCGCACAAUCACAAAGGCUUGCAUGCAAUAGCGACCUGAAUCUGUGCUCAGUUGUUCCCCGCGCAUUCUUGCAUCUUGUUCAAAAGAUGAGCAACUGGAAAUUCCGCCUACAAUCUGCGUACGCUACUGUCACGAAGGGGUGCAGACAUGUCCCCCACAAACCUCGCGACCCACGGGGUAUAUCGCAUUCCCGGCUUUAUCAUGCUAAAACCUUCUUCACACCUCUUUCGCGCGCUCGAGCUCCGCAAAUCCUGGUGGCAUCUAGUGCGGCUGUAGCUGGUAUAGCAGCCCUCAUAUUAUCGGCUUCAUCGCAGAGAAAGGCUUUGGCGGAGUCCGAGCCUCCUCAAAGGCUUAUCAGACUGCACGAAAUACACCAACACAAUUCUACCUCAGACUCUUAUUGGGUAUAUCAUGGGACCAGUGUUUACGAUAUCACCGAAUGGGUUCCGAACCAUCCCGGGGGCGAGGUUAUCCUUAGAGCAGUUGGAGGCAACAUUGAAACGUACUGGAACAUCUUCACAAUACAUCAGAAGCAAGAGGUUUACGAUAUUCUCGAGCAGUAUCUCAUAGGACAAAUAGAUCCAAGGGAUCUCGUUGAAGGCAAGGCUCCUAUGGAUGAUGUUGACGAUCCUUUCAAGGCGGACCCACAGAGGUCGGACACACUGGUCGUCCGAAGUGAACGACCUUGCAAUGCAGAGACACCGGAAGACCAACUAGGAACGUUCAUCACACCAAGCAAUCAACACUACGUUCGCAAUCAUCUCUGGGUGCCGGAUGUGAAGGACGGUGACAAUCAUCGUCUGGUUGUUGAAUUGACUGAUGGAACUGAGAAGGAAUACAGCGUCGCAGAGAUACGCAACAACUUCAAGCAUCACACCAUCACAGCCACUUUGCAAUGCUCUGGCAAUCGACGAGCACACAUGACCGCCGAAGCGCGAGCAACCAGUGGUCUUCAAUGGGACAUUGGAGCCAUCAGUAACACACAAUGGACAGGCGUCAGACUGCGCGACAUCCUCCAUGAUGCCGGACUCUCCGUCGACAUGUUACCAGAAGACGCCAAACACGUACAGUUUGUUGGGGCUGAAGCCUACGGUGCCUCCGUACCCGCAAUCAAGGCCGUCGACAGGUACGGCGACGUUUUGCUCGUAUUCGAAAUGAAUGGCAAGCCCUUGAUGCGCGAUCAUGGGUUUCCACUCCGUCUGUUGUGCCCCGGCCACGUCGCUGCCCGCAGUGUAAAAUGGUUGAAUAGAAUCGUCGUCUCGGAUGAGGAAUCGUGGUCGCAAUGGCAGAGGCGGGACUACAAGUGCUUUGGGCCCAACGAAGGCAGCAAGGUGGACUGGGACGAGGCAACGAGUAUCCAGGAAACUCCUGUGCAGUCAGCCAUCACGUCCAUCACGAAUAUCUCCAAAAAUCGCCUGGCCAAUUCAGAGCUCGCCAAGGUCUAUGGAUUGGAAGAGGAUGCGGUCAAAGUCGCCGGCUAUGCCAUGUCCGGCGGCGGCAGGGACAUCGUCCGUGUCGACGUCAGUCCCGAUGAUGGCAAAACUUGGAGGCAAGCCUGUCUGAUCGACGAUGAGAGCAAAGGUAGCAAGGCCUGGUCAUGGAAGAGAUGGGAAAUUGCUUUUGCAAAGCACGACGUGGCCAAGCAUGUCGUUGUCAAAGCCAUUGACGAGUCGUACAAUUGUCAGCCAGAGUCUUAUGAAGCGACGUACAACUUUAAAGGUAAUCUGACUACAGGGUGGCAUCGAGUACGAGUAUCGGACGAUGGAGGAGUAUGAUGUCUUGACACCUUGUGGUACAGACCAGAAUCUGUGUGUGGGAGCGCGAUUGAUCAGACUUGGCCAAUUGAGCUUCAACUUCAACACCAGACCUCUCUUCCCCCUCGGUACCCAUGUCCUCGUCAACGUCGGUGCGAUCGUUAUCAUCGUGGGUCUUCCGUGGGGAGCUGAAGUUCUGUACUGAGCUUGCGAUGGAGCUUCUUGUCAAGACUGCUCGAGUGUGAUGAGUGGAAGUCAUAGUAUUUAUUUCCCUUCCUUGCUAAACAAUGGUUAUUUGCGAGAUUGUACAUGUGGGUGGACGAUCAUAAUCUCAAUGCUCUUCAUUCUUCAAUACCCG